AUGGUUGUCAACUCAUGCCCUUUUACGAUAUGGCCUGCUAUUUUCACCGAUCUCAGUGCUGGGACAGCAGUGCCAGACUUCCCGACAGGGUGGGAGGCACCACCGUCCAACUCUGUCUCUUUUGCCGUGCCCGACAAUUGGAAAGCUGGCAGAAUCUGGGGCCGUCGUGACUGUGAUUUCGCGAUAACCAGCGGGCCAACGUGUCUGGACGGUUGGUGCAAUGGUGGUCUUGAGUGCGACCCACAUACUGGAACAGGUGUCCCUCCUGUCACUGUUGCUGAAUGGACCCUCCAAGGCGACAACAACCAGGACUUCUACGACGUAUCUUUGGUUGACGGUUUCAACUUACCUGCGGAGAUCACUUUUGCAAACGGAGUCAAUUGCCCUACUGCUGGAUGCCCUGUAGAUCUCGUAGCUAACUGUCCUAGCCAGUUGAAGGGCCCCUUUGACUCGAAUGGCUCUGCAGUCGGGUGCAAGAGUGCUUGUGACGCAAACCUCGAUGGCAAUCCAAAUGACUCGGCGAACUGCUGCACCGGUAGCUUCAACAGCGCGGCGACUUGCCCACCGUCUGGCGUACAGUUUUACAGCUACUUUAAGGGUAAUUGUCCAGAUGCGUACGCAUACGCGUUCGAUGAGUCGAGCAAUACUGCGCUGUGGACGUGCAGUAGUGGGCUUAAUGCCGACUACACACUCACCUUUUGCCCGUAUGUCCUGCCCGACUGUGUGCUGGUACCGGAUCACUGA